CUCGACUACCUAACACGGGCCCGUCGCGUUCUCUAAGCCCUCGUAGGCUAUCCCUAUUCCAUGGCGAAUGCCUCGCGGUAGCAUCGCAAGUGCCUGAACGUCGUCGCCUAGCGACUGGCUGCUUGUUCGCCCCUCAAUCAUGGGUUCGCAUUACUUUCGGCAGCCCAGGGUGGCUGCUACGGCGACUUUGACUCUAGAUGCUUCUUGCACCCCUUAUACCCUCCCCUCGAGCGGUCUAUUGCACAUCCCCGGAGCCGAACCGACCUUUUUAACUGCCAACGCCGUGUACUCGCCUCUCUGCACCCCUACCCCCCUCCCUCAACCCGCUAUCAUCGCCAAUGGAGCCUUCGAUUUGGACCAAACAUCAUCGGAUUCCGGUCCCCAAUUCUCCGACUUUCGCGAUCCUUUCUACGCUUCGAUAUUUCCUCAAUGUUAUGCCCUCGCUGCCACGACCGUUCUUGCUUAUCUGCUUCUAAUCAUGCUUGUUAUUGCGCCUCGAUCCUUUCUUGAUGGAGGGGUUGUCGUUUUAGGCCGACGUGGAUUUACGAAUGGACCUUCAAAUGGUAUUAGCAUUGGGGGACGUCCGUGGUUACAGAAGGUCGCGGCUUUAACCGUCGCUAUCUCUCUAUCCAUUGCUACAGCGGAUACUUUCCGCGUAGCUGAAAAACAGUAUGCGUUGGGAAUUCAGAACGCACAGCAACUCCAGGAGGAUGUGCUGGGAGGAACCCAGUUGAAGGCCAUCCAGCUUAUCUCCGAUACGUUCCUUUGGCUGGCCCAAGCCCAGACACUUAUACGAUUAUUCCCCCGACAGCGCGAGAAGGUUAUCAUCAAGUGGACGGCCUUCUCCCUCAUUACCUUGGACGUUAUUUUCGGUGCCCUUAAUAGCUUCCAUUAUACCAAGCAGGGAAACACUAGGCCACGCAGUUUUACGGAUGCUGUGCCAGCGCUUAGCUAUUUAUUUCAACUAUCUUUAGGCCUGUUAUAUGCUGCGUGGGUGCUCUAUUAUUCACUCAUGAAGAAGCGAUAUGCCUUCUAUCACCCCCUCAUGAAGAAUAUUUGCCUAAUGGCAGCUCUUUCCAUAAUAUCAAUUCUUGUUCCCGUCAUCUUCUUCGUCCUCGAUAUAGCGAAGCCCGAAUUCACUGGAUGGGGUGAUUAUGUUAGAUGGGUCGGUGCCGCUGCAGCAAGUGUUGUGGUAUGGGAGUGGGUUGAACGAAUCGAAGCCUUGGAACGGGAAGAAAAAAAGGAUGGAGUGUUAGGCAGGGAGGUUUUCGACGGUGACGAAAUGAUGGAAGUAUUUCCCUCGGAUCUUUCGUGGUCUCGGCGGCGAAAGAACAAGAGAAAAAGCGAGGAGGAUGAUGAUGAGGGGGAAAGUGGUAACAGUUCAGUAUCAAGUAGUCGAGGCAAUAUGUGGCCGGCCAUGUCAUCCAUCGCUAGCCGAUAUAGGUCGAGGACGGAGGAUAGUCCGGAUGGGAAGCAGCAAGCUACUACGACGGGCAGGUCGGCCACACGGUUUUUACAACCUCCAUUAUGGCCGUCUCGACCGCCUCCAGCAGUUACGCCGGUAAGCAGGACGGAUACUGCGAGCGCUGAUAGCACCGUUUAUGCGGUGCGAUACCAGCCCCUUACAGAGACGACUUCGAGGACUACAGACGAUAGGCACGGUCGACCCUUGUCUAGAAGCAAUAGUGCGACCUCAUCCGCAUCAAGUCCAGUAGCAGAAAGCAAUGAGCAGCCUGGGAACAUACCGCCAUCACAACAACUCUCAUCAGCGCGCGCAACGGAAAGAAACAAGGGGGCGGAAGGGCAUUCGAGCCGCUGGAAUUACUUGAACCCAUUCCAGCGUGCUGCAAAAGAGCCCCCGGCGGAGGUUCUUCCACACACGAUGCCUAAGCAACCGAAGCCUCGGCGUAAUUACGAAAGCACUGGUAGAUGGGACUUUAGGGGACGGGUAGAAAUGUUUGCCGCCACCCAAGCAGAGAGAAUUCUAGAAAGGAUUCGGCCAACUCCCGAUACGGAUAGCUUACCAGUGACUGUCAUACCCGCGCCUCCGCGUCGCGGGGCAGCUCUCGCCCAACUAUUGGAGGAAGAGGAACUACAAAUAGAGGCACAUGGGCAACGAAUAUCGGCCUCCUCGCCACCAGCGCAUUCGCCAAGGAGUACGACCGGACCCAGGCCACAUUUGCACCACGUAUCUAGACAUAGUAGUACGGCAUCAACCGCACCCAGGCCGAGUCUAGGUCCAGCGGAAAGGAAUAGCCCAUACGCUCAUAGGCCGCUUAAUACGCGCGAUACCAACUCGUCGACGACCCCAACUUAUAGGAAUGGUGGCGACCAACGAGAAAGAACUACCAGCGAAAGGCGACCAGUGGACGAUAUACUAGGCGAUGACUACCAUGCAUCAUCGCCUGUGUAGACAUUUCCGAUCCAACUCUAUCGAAUCUUGCUGUGAUGUAAUGGUAGCGUGGCGCUUGGGGUGCUUGUUUUGUUUUGGUUGCAUUUAUACGGGCGCAUUGG